AUGAAACAUUUUUUCUGUGUCUUUCAUGUGAUACACACAAAACCUCUCAUAGAUAUACGUGCGAUUGUUGAUUGUGUCGAGCUGGUUCCGGCGCCUUUUCAUAGACAAGGGGCUGGUGAAUCUGUUCUGGGCAGCGAGGCCUUUGAGUUCUUGGUGGCUUCAGCUUCAGGAAACGUCUUGUCAGAGUUUGUGCCUGCGGCAUCAGGGGAUUUGGGCGUCCAGCAAGCUCUGUGCAAGGUGGUUGAUGGGUCAGAUUGGACCUAUGCCAUUUUCUGGCAGGUCUCAAAGUCAAAAUCGGGAAAUUCAGCCUUGAUUUGGGGUGAUGGACAUUGCAGAGAGCCCAAGGGGAAAUUAGAGGAAGGGGAUAGGAAAAAGAGGGCGUUGCGGAAGCUGUAUGCUUGCUUUGGAGGGUCAGAGGAAGGUAACUUUGCGGCAAAAUUGGAUUUGGUUUCUGAUGUGGAGAUGUUCUAUCUCACGUCAAUGUACUAUUCUUUCCCGUUUGACAAGCCCUCCAGCCCUUCACAAUCAUUUAACACUGACGGUGGCUUUGAUUCCCUAAAAUCAGGAGUGGUGGAAAUUGGCUCUGUUAAGCCUAUAGCCGAAGAUCAAAGCCUAAUUCAGACUGUCAAAACUGCAUUUGCUGGGCCUCUGCCCUUACAGGCGAAGGUGUUGCCGAAGAUAUUCGGGCAUGAACUUAGUCUUGGCAGUGCAAAGUCACGGCCCAUGACCAUAAGUUUCUCCCCCAAAGUGGAAGAUGACUCGGGAUAUGCAUCAGAGUCUUAUGAAGUUCAGGCUGUAGGACAUAAGCAAGUUUUUGGGAACUCUUCUAAUGGGCCUCGAAGUGAUGAUGGUGAAGCAAAACUAUUUAACCAAAAGAGAGGAAGAAAGCCUGCCAAUGGGAGAGAGGAGCCUCUGAACCAUGUUGAAGCAGAAAGGCAGAGAAGAGAGAAGCUUAACCAGAGAUUUUAUGCACUAAGAGCGGUUGUUCCUAAUAUUUCAAAGAUGGACAAGGCCUCUCUCCUUGGUGAUGCUAUUACAUACAUCACUGAGCUCGAGAGGAAGAUAAGGAUCUUGGAAACUGAAAAGGACAUGGUUGGCAAUAAGCAAAAACAAUUGGCUGUACAGAAAUUGAUUUUCAGGCAAGGCAUGAAGAUGCCGUUGGAACAUCAACUCAUAGCACAAGAGUCUAAGGUUUCAACAACAGACAGUGGCGAGAUUGUUCAUACUUUCUCUCUCCGGACUCAAAGUGGCGCUGUUGAGCAUUUGAAGGAAAAACUG